AAAUUGAUCAAUUACCUACUUUAAGAAUAGCGUGUUACAAACCUGCUUUUCGCAGUUUGUUUGUUAGAAUAAAUUCACAGUGAACAACAAAAAUGACAGUUCGUGUUUGUGAAACAAAAUUCAUAUACAUCCUGGUCGCAAUAGUCAACAUCGUUUCAAUUUCCGUUGGUACGUCCAUAUCAUGGCCAUCUUCGCAACUGUCGAAAUUGCAAAAAAGCGACGAAAAUCCGCUGGGCCGUGCCAUAUCAGAAAACGAAGCUAGCUGGAUAACAUCUUUAUAUACCAUUGGAGGCAUUGUAGGGCCCUUAAUAUUCGGCUAUUUAAACGCCAAAAUCGGCCAAAGGAAAACCUUGAUUGUACUGGCGGUGCCUUUUAUUGUACCCUACUUAGUUUUUGCCUUUGCCACAGAUAUUAGUUUGUACUACGCUGGAAGGUUCUUGUUGGGAAUUGGGAUUGCAUCUAUGUUUUCCAUUUCUACUUUGUACAUAGCUGAGAUAGCUGACAAUGCCAAUAGAGGAUUGUUAUCAUCGGCCACAAUGUUUUUUAUAAGCAUUGGGUCUUUAUUUUCCUACUGUUUAGGACCUUACACCUCGCCCAUGGUUUUCAAUCUUGUACUAGCUAUAAUACCGAGUAUAUAUUUGGUUUUAAUCAUAAUAUUGGUCCCGGAAUCGCCACAUUAUCAAAUUAAACGCGGCGACAUUAAAGGAGCUACAAAAUCGCUCGAAAUAAUCCGUGGCUAUACUGGGGACAGAAUAACUAAAGAAAUGGAUGACAUACAAAAAUGUUCCGACCAGAACAACGAAAAGGGACGCAUCAUAGACCUAUUCAGCACCAAAGCGGCAAGAUUUGCUUUCUUCAUGUCUCUAUUUUUAACAGUUUUCCAACAACUUUCCGGUAUGGGCGUUGUUUUGAGUUACACCGAACAAAUUUUUGAUGCUACGAAUUCCAAGUUGACCUCCUCGCAAUCCGCCAUUAUUGUAGGCGUCAUGCAAGUGAUUUGUGCGCCUAUAGCGCCUAUUUUCACCGAUAAAUUCGGCAGAAGAACUAUGAUGUUGUUCUCCAUAUUCGGCGCGAUUUUAUCGGAAACUUUGUUUGGAACUUUCUUCACCCUCAAAGAUCAAGGGAAGACCAUGGAUUCGUUCUCGUGGCUGCCGUUGCUUAGUAUAUGUAUAUUUAUGGUCGCGUUCUUUUCGGGAAUCGCCAACUUACCCUGGGCUAUAAUAGCUGAAAUAUACCCGACAGAACUAAAAUCGGUGGGGUCCAGUAUUAUAAAUACAUGUUGCAACUUUGUUGGAUUCGCUGUGUUGUACUUUUUCAAAGAUUUGGUUAACAGCAUCGGCAUGGGCGGGACCUUUUAUUUGUACAGCGGUAUAUUGGCGGUAUCUGCCGUCAUAGUGUUUAUUUGGUUGCCUGAAACUAAAGGAAGAAGCUUUCAGGAGAUACAGGAUAUCAUAUCGGGGCAUAAGAAGUAUAGCAAUAACAUGGCAAUGGAAAAUCCCGCAUACGCGCAAGAAAAAUAAAACCAUUUGUAUCAAAUUAAUGUAUUUUAAAUUUUAAUAAAUUUUUUGAUAAAAGUUGUUUACUC